AUGAGCGACAACAAAGACCACCAAGAAUUGAAACAAGCGCUACAACAGCUGACAGAGGCCCUUCAUACGUUUUGCGAUGCUAUCAACACGCUAAGAAACGCAUGCGAAGGAACGUUGAACAAUCUCUCAAAGUCGACGUCUGAAAAAAGUGAUGACCAGGAGAUGCAAAGACAUGAACGCAGCUUGGAAAGAGGAGAUAGCGAGAAAACCGAAACACAUUACAGAGAGCAGAAUCAGGAAGCGCCGAACAAAAUUCUAAACCUGGGAAAAGACUACGUCAAUACUCAGAGAGCGAGGAAAAAGAUCGCACACCGAAAAGAUGCUACCAGCAACCCGAAAGCGGAGAAUCAGAAAGGCCCAGAACAGCCUAUUACACAAGUGGGGCCGGAGGACAUGAUACAACAUGUUUCACAAGAAAAGCAACUCGUCGUGGAAGUCAUUGAAGUCUUUAACGAAGUGAAUGAGACACGCGAGUUACACGAUGAGGAAGAAGAACGUUUUGUGGAGAUUAUAGAAGAAGAUGAUGAACAAGAUACAGGGAAUCAAUCAAGCCCCCGAAGAGAGAAGGAGCAACCCAAUUGA